GACAAGGAAUUGGACCCUCUCACACGACCGCUGCGAGUAUACAAUAAGCUGCGCACAGUUUUUCAGUUUAUCGAGGAUGUUGUUUUCGCUGAAUCGGAGAAUAAUGAACAAUACGGUACCAAGAUAUACAGAGAUAUAAGCUCCACUACAUCGAGCGCCACCCCAACGCAAGGCACACAUACCGAUGCAAGGACAGAACUACACACGUACACCCAAGCACAUGCACGCGACGGGAAACAUAACAGCACAGAAGGCAUCGAUAUGGAUAUAGACACUCCGCAUAGGUCUGGGGAAGGAGACAAUAUAUCCAGGAACACUACCAUGCAGGCAAGCGCAAACGCAAACAACGAUAGAGCUUCAACAGUCCCGGACACCCCAACAAAGGCAUCCUCUAGGCACGUACGGACAACGUCUAAUGUGUUUCUUUGUGCGCUGGGCAAGGCUGUGUGGCCGAAAUUGGUAGACUUGCUGAUAGACGAGAUGUUGGUGGGGGCUAUUCCAAAACAGGUGAGUUGA